UUUAAACAAAGCCCCAGCUCAGCUCCAGAGAUGCACAACAUCCCCGGCAGCACCAUGAGCCCAGGAGUUUUCCUCCUCCUGGGCCUCCUCAUCGUCAGGGCAGAGCCAAGAGUAAUACCAGAGAAGGGCGGGGACUCCCAGAAACCGGGGAGGUGUCCACGGGACUUCACACGCUGCUUGCGCCUGGAGUCCCCUCUCUGUGCCAAUGACUCCAGCUGCCCCGCUGGACUCAAGUGCUGCCACUGGGAGUGCCGGCUCCGCUGCAUCCCCCCGGCAGAAGAGAAGCCCGGUGCCUGCCCGGCAGCAGCCCCCCAGGGGCUCAUUGCCCCCUGCUCCUUCCCCUGCCUGGAGGACAAGGACUGCCUGGGAGCGCAGAAGUGCUGCCCGCUGGGCUGCGGCUCUGCCUGCUUGGAGCCGGCGCAGGACCAGCCCAAGCCCAGCGAGGGCCCCACGGUGCAGCCAGGACCAUCCCGGGAGCGGUGCCGAGGCGACGGCGACUGCCCCGACGCGCAGAAAUGCUGCAACAGCAGCUGCGGCCAGCGGCGCCUGCCGGGAGCGCCGGCCGAGGACACCAGCCCUGCCCCAGUCACUCAAAGGCCACUGCAGCACCAGUGGGGAUGCCUCAAGGACCAGGACUGUCCCCCAUCCCACGUGUGCUGUCACCAGCUGUGCAGCAGGCACUGUGUGACGAACAGCCAAGGGAAGGACGGAUUCUGCCCAGUCCGUGCCGGGCUGUUCCCCAGCUACGACUGCAGAGCCUGGUGCUGGCACGAUGGCGAGUGUCCCCGCGAGGAGAAGUGCUGCCUCCGUGGCUGUGACUAUGUCUGCUUGCCCCCGUCCCGAGAGAAACCAGGCAUCUGCCCGCUGGCUGACGAGGCUCCGCUGGCCCCGUGUGGCACCACCUGCACCAAGGACUGGCAGUGCCCGGGGGCUGAGAAGUGCUGCAACAGCAGCAGAUGUGGCUACGUGUGCUCAGCCCCCGAACCAGACAAACCCGGUGAGUGCCCAAAGGUGAGGCCACAGCACCCACCGGGGCCGUGCACGGAGACGGACUCCUGCACCCACGACAGGGACUGCUCCCGGCAGGAGAAGUGCUGCUUCUCCGGCUGCGCCAUGCGCUGCACCCGCCCUGCCCGAGAGCACCCUGGAGAGUGUCCCCGGGCAGAGCCGUGCUGGGACAUACGGCGCCGGCGCGGGAGCCAGUGCCUGGAUGACAGCGUCUGCCAGCGAGAGGAGAAGUGCUGUGACACCGGCUGUGGCUGGGAGUGCGUGGCCGUGCCCAGAGACAGCGGGGACAAAGCUGACGGCUGGUGUGUGGAGGAGUGCCAGGCUGACUCACAGUGUCCCCGGGGACAGCGGUGCACCAGCAUCGGCUGUGGCCACAUCUGCAUGGACAUCCCUGGAGAACGUGACACUGCGGCUGUGCUUCGGCCCAGUGCUGAGUGGUGCUCAGAGGAAUGCGAGGCUGACUCACAGUGUCCCUGGGGACAGAGGUGCACCCGCACCUCCUGUGACCGUGUCUGCAUGGACACUCCUGGAGGCAGAGGUGGAGCGUGCCCCACGCCUGGGGGCGGUGGGACCUGCUUGGACCUGUGCAGCCUCGAUGAGGAGUGUCCCUGGGGCCACAAGUGCUGCAGCAACGGCUGCGGCUACGUCUGCACGCGGGUGCCUGGUGAUGCUGUGUGAUGGGAGAGCAGCUCCUCUGCAGCAGGAAGAUGCCUUCAUUAGGGGACAUGGGACAGUCAUGAGCCCCAGCUGGCCUGUCCCCUCCCCACCACCUCCAGCAAUAAAGUGUGUUCUCGACUGCCC